CACGGCCCCGCCCCUCCCGGCGCCCCGCCCCGUCCGGCCGCGGCUAGCUCCCUCGCUCCCCCCGCGCCCAGGACCCCCGACGCCCCUGUUUCGUCUGCUCGCCACGUCCGGCCAUGGGCCCCGCCGCUCGCCCCGCGCUGAGGUCGCCGCCGCCGCCGCCUCCGCCACCGCCGCCGUCGCCGCUGCUGCUGCUCCUGCCCCUGCUGCCGCUCUGGCUGGGCCUGGCGGGGCCCGGGGCCGCGGCGGACGGCAGCGAGCCCGCGGCCAGGGCGGGGCGGGGCGGGGCCCGCGCUGUGCGAGUGGACGUGCGGCUUCCGCGGCAGGACGCUCUGGUGCUGGAGGGCAUCAGGAUCGGCCCCGAGGCCGACCCGGCUACCCCGCUGGGCGGCCGCCUGCUGCUGAUGGACAUCGUGGAUGCUGAGCCGGAGGCGCCUGUAGAAGGCUGGAUUGCAGUGGCAUACGUGGGCAAGGAGGAGGCGGCCCAGAUCCAUCAGGAGAGUCAGGGCAGCGGCCCGCAGGCCUAUCCCAAGGCCCUGGUCCAGCAGAUGCGGAGGGCGCUCUUCCUGGGAGCCUCUGCCCUGCUCCUUCUCAUCUUGAACCACAACGUGGUCCGAGAGCUAGACAUAUCGCAGCUUCUGCUCAGGCCAGUGAUUGUCCUCCAUUAUUCUUCCAAUGUCACCAAGCUGUUGGAGGCACUGCUGCAGAGGACCCAGGUCACGGCUGAGAUCACCAGCGGAGAGUCCCUUUCGGCCAACAUCGAGUGGAAGCUGACCCUGUGGACCACUUGUGGCCUCUCCAAGCAUGGCUACGGAGGAUGGCAGGACCUCGUGUGCCUGGGAGGCAGUCGGGCCCAGGAGCAGAAGCCCCUGCAGCAGCUGUGGAAUGCCAUCCUGCUGGUGGCCAUGCUCCUGUGUACAGGCCUCGUGGUCCAGGCCCAGCGGCAGGCAUCGCGGCAGAGCCAGCGGGAGCCUGGAGGCCAGGUGGAUUCACUCAAGCGCCGUGUGGUGCGGAGACUGGCAUCCCUCAAGACCCGGCGCUGCCGGCUGGGCAGGGCAGCACAGAGUCCCCCGGAGCCUGGCGCUGAGACCUGCGCAGUGUGUCUGGACUACUUCUGCAACAAGCAGUGGCUCCGGGUGCUGCCCUGUAAGCAUGAGUUUCACCGAGACUGCGUGGACCCCUGGCUGAUGCUCCAGCAGACCUGCCCGCUGUGCAAAUUCAAUGUCCUGGGGAAUCGCUACUCAGAUGAUUAGCUGUCCCAGCUGGGUCUCUGCAUGUGGGGAAGGGACCCCCUCCCGCCUGCACCCUGGCUCUUGGCCUGGGCUCCUGGAAGAGGACAGCAAGCCCUGUGGGUGGGAGGAAGGACAGGGGUGCUCCCCUGCUGAGGGG